GGGACUUUGGCGAUGAGUAAUGCGGUGGGGCGCGGACUGGAUCCGGAUCCUCGAGCUGGUGGUAGGUAUGGUAUGGUAUGGUAUGGUACAUACCUGGUACCCACCCACCUCCCUCGUCUCGUCUCCUCCCGUUCCCACCCCCGAAUCGAUGUGUGCUGAUGAUGAUGAUGAUGAGGGUGUGAGCGAGGGAGGGUGGGAGCGAGGGAGUACGGGCAGCUGCUCGAGGCAACUCUAAUAAAAAUCCCGCGCGCGUUUGCCCUGGAGACGAGGAUUUCGGAUCCGACCGCAGCCCCCAGGGCCCACACUGGCAGCGGGAUCCGGAUCCCCGACAGCUAUUGCCGCUCUCACUCGCUGCCGUGGGGGACGAGGG